AUGGACGGAGAGGCCAUCUGCAGCGCCCUGCCCACCAUUCCCUACCAGAAGCUCGCAGACCUGCGCUACCUGAGCCGUGGCGCCUCGGGGACGGUGUCGUCAGCCCGCCACUCUGACUGGCGUGUCCAGGUGGCCGUGAAGCACCUGCAUAUCCACACCCCGCUGCUCGACAGUGAAAGAAAGGAUGUCUUAAGGGAAGCUGAAAUUUUACACAAAGCUAGAUUUAGUUAUAUUCUUCCAAUUCUGGGAAUUUGCAAUGAGCCUGAAUUUUUGGGAAUAGUUACUGAAUACAUGCCAAAUGGAUCAUUAAAUGAGCUCCUACACAGGAAAACUGAAUUUCCUGAUGUUGCUUGGCCACUACGAUUCCGCAUCCUGCAUGAAAUUGCACUGGGAGUAAAUUAUCUGCACAAUAUGAAUCCUCCUCUACUUCAUCAUGACUUAAAAACUCAAAAUAUCUUAUUGGAUAAUGAGUUUCAUGUUAAGCAAACUAUUUGUACAACAGAUCGAAACAUUGCCAGGUCUUUCAUCACCUGCACAGUCCUUGCUACAGUGAGCCCAUUGUUGCAGCCACUGGGCCAGUCCAUUUUGCUGGCGUCUUCCUGUUUUUCACUGACCUUCUUCUUUCCCAGUUAUGCAGUUAUCACAUGGGAAGUCUUAUCCAGAAAGCAGCCUUUUGAAGAAGUCACCAAUCCCUUGCAGAUCAUGUAUAGUGUUUCACAGGGGCAUCGCCCUGACACUAAUGAAGAAAGUUUACCAUUUGAUAUACCUCACCGAGCACUUAUGAUCUCUCUAAUAGAAAAUGGAUGGGCACAAAAUCCAGACGAAAGACCAUCUUUCUCAAAAUGUUUAAUAGAACUUGAACCAAUUCUGAGAACAUUUGAUGAAAUAACUUUCCUUGAAGCUGUUAUUCAACUAAAGAAAACAAAGGUAAAGAAUAAUACAAGUACUAUUCUCUUAUGUGACAAGAAGAAAAUGGAGUUAUCUAUGAGCAUUGCCGUAAAUCAUAGUCCACAGGAGGAAUCGUGUGGAUCCUCUCAACUCCAUAAAAGUAGUGUUUUUCCUGGAACCUCAACAUCCCUGUCAACUCAAGACAGUGAAUUUUUAUCUAGAAAAACUCAAGAUUAUUCUUCAAUGCUACAGCACCAUCCGGUAAAUCAUAGUUGGGAAAGUAACAUUUCUCCAGCUCAAGGGCCUAAAUUCUGUGAUCACAAGAGCACACCACGCACUUUAGCAGUAAUAAAUCUACUGUCAGCUGGGGGACAUUCAGAGCGUCUGCAGCCUGGUGUAGCCCAACAGUGGAUCCAGAGUAAAAGGGAAGACAUUGUCAACCAAAUGACUGAAGCCUGCCUUAACCAAUCCCUGGAUGCUCUUCUGUCCAGAGAUUUGAUUAUGAAGGAGGAUUAUGAACUUAUAAGUACCAAACCUACAAGGACUUCAAAAGUCAGACAAUUACUAGACACCACUGACAUCCAAGGAGAAGAAUUUGCCAAAGUUAUAGUACAAAAGUUGAAAGAUAACAAGCAGAUGGGUCUUCAACCUUACCCAGAAACACUUACAGUUUCUAGAUCAUCUACUUUAAAUUUAUUUCAAAAUAAAAGCUUAUAA